CUAAGGCUCUGUUUGCAAACACAACUAGAAAAGCACUUCCCAGCUUUUGGCUUAAAAAAGCUAAAAAAGAUGUUUUCAAAUGACAACUUCUACUUAAAUGAAUUACUUAAAAGCUAAAAGCUAGAAUCUGCUUUUUACUUUUUCUAUUACACAAAAAGCACUUAUUUUACCAAACACCACCAACUUUUACUUUUCAAAAUCACUUUUUUCUCAAACACUACCAACUUUUACUAUUAAUCACUUUUUUACCAAAUCAUUUAAAAAAGUUAAAAGCACUUCUCAAUAGGGUUUGCAAACAGAGCCUAAUAACUUGUCCUAAAUAACUUGUUUUACACCUGCGAUCUUGCAAAUAAUAUUUGCCGGCUUUAAAUUAUCUUGAUCAUAGUAGCUCGCAAUUUCUCGACGUAAUUCAGGCAGAGGGAAAUCUACUUUGACAUCAACCCAGGUUUGGACUUGCAAACGAAUGGCAGCUGAACUGUGGAAAUCAAUGAAUGCCAUACAGCAUCGCAUGCUUUCAGUACUUGUCGAUUCCGCGAAGAAAUCCAACCAAAAUCCACUAGGAUUCAUCAAUUCCCCAGUGAACUCGAAGAGGAGAAAUCGGGCCCCAAUUCCGCUGCCGCACAGAACGGUUCCGGAACCCAAAGGGCAAGACCUUGAUUUCGUGAAUGUGGCUCACAGUCACCUCACCCACUCCGACUGGGCGAACCUCGAAUCAAUAUCAUCCAUGUUGACGCCUUUCAGAGUAAAGCACGUUCUUUUGAAAACCCAAAAGGAUUACGUGCUUUCGCUAGAGUUUUUUAAUUGGGUAGGUCUCAAAGCCCCCAAAUUGCAGACUCUCGAGUCCCGUUCCAUAGUUCUUCACGUCCUUACCAAACACAGGAAGUUCAAAUCGGCGGAAUCGAUCCUAAGAAAGUUCCUGGAAUCAUGCUCUUUAGACGUUGAUCUUCCAGCGAAGCUCUUCGAUUCCCUGAUAUAUUCAUAUAGAAUGUGCGAUUCUUCCCCGCGUGUUUUUGAUUCCCUGUUUAAAACCUAUGCACAUAUGAAGAAGUUUAGGAAUGCCACUGAUGUGUUUUGUAGUAUGAGGGAAUAUGGGUUUCUCCCAACUGUUGAGUCUUGCAAUGCUUAUAUUAGCUCGUUAAUGGGGUUGAACAGGGCAGAUAUUGCAAUGUCAUUUUACAGGGAAAUGCAAAGGUCUAAGAUCUCCCCCAAUGUGUAUACUCUGAAUAUGGUUAUUGGCGCAUUUUGUAAAUCAGGGAAACUGGAAAAGGCUAUUGAAGUGUUUAAGGGAAUGGAGAACAAAAAUCUGAAACCUAACGUUGUGUCAUUUAACACUUUGAUAUCAGGUCACUGUAAUAGUGGUCUGCUCAGUGCUGCUAUGAAGCUCAAAAACACGAUGGAGAGGAGUGGGAUUAGCCCAAAUGAUGUUACUUUUGGUACACUGAUCCAUGUGUUAUGCAAGGAAGGGAAAAUGAACGAUGCUAAUAAGCUGUUUAAUGAGAUGAAAAGGAUUGGUGUGGCUCCAAGUGUUGUUACGUACAACACAUUAAUCAAUGGGUACAGCCAAGCCGGUAAAAGUGAGAUGGGUAAUCAAGUUUAUGAAGAGAUGUGGAAUAAAGGAAUCAAAGCUGAUAUCUUGACUUAUAAUGCAUUGAUUUUGGGGUUUUGUAGGGAGGGCAAGACCAAGAAAGCUGCAUAUUUGGUGAAAGAACUUGAUAAAGCAGGGUUGGUUCCGAAUUCAUCUACAUUCUCUUCUCUAAUAAUUGGACAGUGUGUAAAGAAGAACUCUGAUCGUGCCUUUCAACUCCUUAAAAGUAUGGUUAGGGCUGGUUGUCACCCAAAUGAGUAUAUUUUGAGUGUUUUGGUUUCCACCUUCAUCAAGAAUGAUGAUUAUGAUGGAGUAAUGCAAGUGCUCAAAGAGAUGCAAAUGAGAUCUUUUACUCUUGACUCGGUUAUCUUGACUGAGAUUCAUGAUGGGCUCUGUAAAUAUGGUAAAGAGGAAGAAGCUAGAAAGGUGUUUCAGGAGAUAGAAGCAAGAGGUCUUAUGCCCAAAAAGGAUUUGAGUCAUUUGACCAAACUAGAAUGAAUCUUUGGCGUAUGUAAGUCAAGUGCCAUCCAGUCAAUAUUUUCACUUGCAAGGCUCGCCAGUUCAAAUUCAUAACAUGAGCGAUCCUUCUGGAUUUUUUUAUAGUAGUCUUUCAGAUAGCUCCAUGAUUAUUGGGUUUGUAGCGUUGUCUCAUCAUUGCAUUGAUCACUCAACCGUAAUUUGACAUUUAUAACCACAGACAUAGCGAAGUUGGCUGAACAAUUGCCAACCUUGAAGUUGUCAACAUUGUUAGUUGUUACUAACCAGGUAUUUUACCUACAGGGAAUAAUCUUACCAAGAAGAGGGUUGAGACGGGAGGGUGUUGUGUGUGCAGUGAGGUGACCACUGAAACGGAUCUGCAUUUAUUCCGAGAGUGUACAGUGAGUACAACGGUGUGGGUGAAUAUUGGCAGCAGGUUUGUUCGUCAAGGAGGGACAAUUGGCGAAUGGGUUCAAGGAUAUUUUGAUAACUUGGGUAUGGAAGAUCUUUGCUGUUUUAUAGUUGCACUUUGGAACUUGUGUAAAGCUCGUAAUUAAAAGCUCUGGAAAGACAAAGGAGUGUCAUGGAGGCAGAUUAUAGAGGUGGGGAUUGCAAGUCUAAAUGGAUGGAAAAAAGCGCAGGAGUCGUGGUCGAGGAAGGGGAUUGUGGACAGGGGAGGGCUGGUGUAGGCCGAUGUCAGGAUACAUUAAAGUGAACAUGGAUGCGGCCAUGAAUCCUAAAGAAGGUAUAUGUGCUUGGGCAUGGGUGGCUAGAGAGACAAGGAAGGUAAUUUUCUUCGAGGUGGCUGUCAGACUUCGUUUGCAAGUUGGUCAGCUGAAAUAUCAGAAGCCUUGGGUGUCUGGGAGGCAUUGGGCUGGGUAAAAGAACAUGAAUGGGUUGAUGUUAAUUUGGAAUCAACUCUCUAAUUCGAUACUAUUCUGGAGGACAUCAGAUUUUUAUUGCAUGAUGAAUCUAGGAUAAAUACUACACACUGCAAGAGGUCCGCAAAUGGAGUAGCACAUUCAUUGGCUCGAGCUGCUCUAUCUAUGCCGGAUGAGAUUGUUUAUUUUGUUUCACCCCCUAAUUGUAUUUUGAGUCAAUUGAUGAACAAUGGCGUUUUUCCUUUCAAAAAAACCAAGGAAAUGGCUUUGGUGCCAAAUGCUUCAAUUGGGUGCUAAAAUGUGCAAUGUACAACAAUUCGCUGCGAUCUUGUCUACUUUUGGGUCUAUGAGCG